AUGAGUUCAACUUUUCGACUUAUUGAAGGUAUGAUAACAGGUAAAUUUUUUGCUGAAGGAACAAUUCUUUCAAAUCCUAUUGCUGAAUUAAUGAUUGGUUUAUUAAUAACAGUUCUUGUUCAAAGUUCAUCAAUAUCAACAUCAAUUGUUAUAUCAAUGGUUUCAUCUUUCAAUGUGUUAUAUCAUUUAACUAACUCAAUAAUAAAAUCAAUAAACUUAAAACGAAAUCCCAAUUCUAAUCCCCAGUUUCUUACUGUUAUAGCAAAAUCAUUAACAGAACGAAUUCUUGAUAAAAAAAAAGCAAUUCCAAGUAUAGCACUGAGUAAUGCUAGUUCAAAUAUAUCUUUAUUAAAAAGAUAUUGUUCAUUUAAAAAUGAAACUUAUAAUGAUACAUUUAUUCAAGUUUCAGAUACAUAUUGUUCAUUCUUAUUUGUUAAAGUUCAAUGGGCUGAUUGGCUUAUUGGACUUGUUUUAUUGAUUAGUUCAAUAAUUUGUCUUUGUCUUUUAUUACUUGUUAAAAUUCUUCAAUCAUUACUUAAAGGAAUAGUUGGAUGUAUAUUAACAAUAUUAGUUCAAAGUAGUUCAAUAUUUACAUCAACAUUAACACCAUUAGUUGGUCUUGAUAUAAUAAUAAUUGAGAGAGUUUAUCCAUUUACAUUAGGUUCAAAUAUAAGUACAACAAUAACUGGUAUUAUGGCUGUAUUAACUGUAAUUAGUGAGAAAGAUUUCAGAAAUCCAUUACAAAUAACAUUUUGUCAUAUUUUUUUCAAUAUUAUUGAAAUUUUAAUUUGGUUUCCAAUACCAUUCAUGGGAUUUUCAAUUCCAAUGACUAAAAAAUUAGGUGAAAUAACGGCUAAAUAUCGAUGGUUUGCUGUUCUUUAUAUAAUCUCUUCAUUCUUUCUUAUCUCUUUGAUUGUUUUUGGUCUUUCUCUUGCUCGAUGGCGUGUUUUUGCUGGUGUUCUUGGUUCAAUAGUAUUGAUUAUUAUCUUAAUUAUUCUAAUCAAUAUUCUUCAGAGAUACAAAUCAAAGUUUUUACCGAUUUGA